UAUAUGUGAGAAGUAGGAAAUAAUCACAGGGUUGUCAGGGGUCUAGAAAACGAAUUCAAUUAUUUAUGACUUAUUUGGAAUUGGUUUUAAAAAUUUUAAACAAAAAUUUUAAAGGUGGAUAAUUAUAGAUUAAAAAAAGAAUAAAGGAAGAAUACAGGGAUUAGGUACUAUCAAGCUGCUGAGCUCAUUAUAACUUUGGGGCAGUGAAUUUGUUUCUAGAAGUUUCAUUGGAGCUAAGGCAAGAGCUCCCUACACAGAAGCAUGUACUAAGUUUCAAGUAAGAGGCAUGGACCUCAUAAACUACUAUGUUUGCAAGAACAGGCCCCUAGAGGCUGGGGUGAUCAUGGAGGAGGGACUUGGAACUCAGCUCUCAAAAAAGAUCACCCUAACCGCCCAUCAUGACUGCUGUGGAAGUUAUGUCUGAUAAAGCAGAAGGUCCCAUAUUAGAGAUCACCAAGCAAGAUUUUUUUCAAGAAGCAAAAACUCUCAUUGCCCAACAUUAUGAGAAAGUAAAUGAGAAUAAAGUUCAAAGUACUUCUAUAAAUGUUUUUAGAAAUAAACAUCAAAAACCAAAAUCUGUAAAAUUCAUACCUUUGGAGAUUAAAAAAAAGGAAACACUUGAUGGGGUCCAAGAACUUUGGACGGCACACAAAAAGAUUUGUUUUCCCAAACACCUGUUCAAAAGGGAACAUUUUGAGGAGACCCCUCAACAAACUUCUUUUAAGGAGCCAUGCAUGUUUAGUGUAAAGGAAAAAUUCAAGGACUCGAUGGAUCUAAUUGCGAAAGAACAAGUUAAACUGGGUAAAAUAGUGACUAAUAUUGAAUCAGUGAGUAAAAAAAUGGAGAAAGAAAAGCAUCAGCACCAUGUUAAGUCCAGAUUGUUGGUCUCACCAUAUGCCGUCCCCAUCAACUUUGGCUUGCCCUUACAACCCAUGACCACCUCUUCCAUGGGACUUCCGAAAGAACAUGAUAAAACAUUCUACGAUUGGAGAGGAAUUAUGUCAACAAAGCCUUCCCGUUUGACUCCUGACUCCAGCUGGCCUAGUUUGUGUGGGCCAUCAUCAAUGUUUCGGGAUUACCGUUCUAAAACCUUACUGAAGAAAGAGCAACAGCCUAUCCAACCAGAACCAAAGCCACCCAGGUCAAAAUCUAUUCUAACUAAAAGUGGCAAACUUGACAGUAAAGUUAAAAGAAUUGGACCACACAUAGAAAUCUUCCAAGUGUUCCGGGAAAAGAACAAAUUCAUAAAUACCAAAAAAAUAGUGAAAAUGAUCACCAUCAUGCAGGCCUAUGUCAGAGGGUGGCUGGAACGCAGAAGAUACCAGAGAGUAAUGAUCAAGGCUUUGCAUCAUGGACCAAAUUUGAGAGCAGUUAUAAACAUGUAUCAUAGACUAAUCCAUCGUGUUAAAUAUCGACUUGGUCUGUGGAGGACAAGACAAGUUAUAAACUUUGUAGAGCUGGAGGAAUGGAUGGACAGAAAAAAAUUCUAUGAAACAAUGUUUGCUAAGAGAGAAGAUUGGCAAGGAUUGGAAAGAAGCGAGCUCCUUAAAUUCUUCAAUGAGUGUGGUCAUUUCCCAGUCCAGCAGCAAAUUGAUGAAGUUUGGGACCUGGUCCAUAAAGAAGACCGUGACAGAUAUUCUCAACUCCUCAAGAAGUACAAUGUGAUUGAAAUGUUAUUUACACUCUAUCCUCCUCAAGGUGCCCAUGUGUUUAAAAAUAUACGACUUAGGUCAACUUGGCUGAGACCCAUAGUAAAUGGGGAAGAAGGAUAUAAAUAUAUAGUGAACGGACAUCCAAUACUCAAAAGAGCUAACAUCCGGAUUGUUGGAAAGUUAGUAUCCAGAUCUAUAAGAGAAAGGAAAAUGAGACAUUUAUCAAAAGAAGUAGAAUAAUGUUUCAACACAAUGUUAUUAUCUUAAGAGUUGAACCUUUCUACCCAAAGAUACAUUAACAUCGACCAUGGAUUAAUUAUAUAUCAACAGGAAAAAAUGACAAGCAUCUUUGGAUAUCAAAAGAAGGAUUUCAACAAGUCAGUUUAUAAUUUCAAAAUAUCUUUGGAUGAACCAUUCACUGGCUCUUCUUCACUAACAGCUACUCUUAUCAUAAUGAAGUUGAAACCUCUUAGUGUCAAGUGUUCCUUUCAUUGGACUUUAAUUUAUGUUGUUCCAUUACCAAUAAAUGCCAUAAAGAGACUUUA